AUGCGUGUAUUCUAUUUACUUCAAGUUGUUAAUAUCUUUAAGCAGUUAGUUGAACUUUACUAUUCUCAUAGGCACCAUCGCUGUCCUCAUCGUCCAUUUGGAAUCAUCGGAAAAGGUGAUCAACCAUGUCCGGCGACAGAAUAUCGCACCGAAUUUAUUCCAAGAGAAACCGGCAUGAGACAAUCAUUCAAACCCGAUUAUUCAGUACAGACUAAUAAUGCUCCAAUGGAUGAUCAAACAACACAUAAACAUGAUUAUAUCAAACAUGCUCUUGAUCGACAAAAGUCAUUUAAACCGGAAGAAGUGUACGUUCCUAUGGGUGAUUUUGAUGCGCUGACAAGUUACAAUAAAGAAUACACCCCAAAAGCUGGUGAACGAGUAAAAAUGAUUAAACACGAAGGGCAAAAAACAGUAUCAGCUCCAUUCCAAGGAGAUCCAACUUAUCGAGCUGAUUAUAGAAAAUGGGAUGGUGCAAGAACAGAAGCAAUUCGGCAUGAUGCCGGCUGGAUUCCACCGGCAGAUCCAUUCAAAGGUGAAAGUACAUAUACCACUGAUUUUUUGAAACAUGGUUCUGGUGUACGGCAACCAAUCAGACCUGAUCAAGGCGUACUACAAUCUGUGGAACCAUUCGAUGAUAGAACUGGUUAUCGUACAGACUACAUUAAACAUCCGAUGCAAGAACGUUUUCAACGAACAAAAGAAGAAUAUACUCCCACCAAAGCUGCAUUAGAUUCAUUAACAACAAAUCGUAAAGAUUUUACACCAAAAGAAGGAGAUCGAACACGUUCGAUGAAACCCGAUCAACAAGGUUACCGAAGUGAUGCUCGUUUUGAUGAUUCAACAACGAAUAAAUCUGACUUUAAAAAAUGGGAUAUUCAACCAAAUCAACAACGUAAACCAGAUGAAUAUCGUGCUCAACCGGGUGAUAUGGAUUUAAACACAAUGUAUAGUACAGAAUAUACUCACAAACCUAUGCAAAAAGUCAAUGCUAUUAGACCUACUGAACGACGUAUGAUUGAUGCGAAAUUUCAAGCUGAUACAACCUAUGGGGGAGAUUAUAGAAAAUGGCCUGGUGCAAAACCACCAUCAAUGAGGGCACAAUCAGGAUAUGAACCACCAGGUGUACCAUUUGAAGGAAUGAGUACAUACAAAGGUCAUUAUAUUCCUCAUCAAGGUGGACCAUCUCGAUCAUUCAAACCAGAAGGAGCAGCGUAUACAUCGGCAGCUCCAUUUGAUGAUGCAACAAUGUAUCGCAUUGAAUAUACACCCAAAGCUGUAGAACCAUGUCCAGCCGCUUUAUUAGAAACAAAUCGUUCAACAUUCGUAUUUCGUCACGAUGAUCCAACUGGUCACAAGUUUUAUCAACAUCAUCAAGAAGUGGACAAAAAUGGUAAUGGAAAUGGAAAUGGAAUGCAUGUUAAUCAACCACAACCAAUUGCUUGCUAA